GAAACAAGCUUGCUGCAAGUCAUAUAAUGGCACCCAAAAAAGCAAGGGAACAAGCCGCGAGGCAAGUCAACGCAGCCAAACAGAUCCUUGCACCAGAAAUCAUCGCGAAACGUACAAAGAGACAUCUCGAUGAACUAGAGCGGUCGAAUUAUGCGGAACCAUCCUUUUCACUACUUGGCGACGACGAGGAAGAUGGUGGUGGGGGAAAGUACGCAAAAGGACGAUCCCGACAGACCAUUUCUGACAAACGUCACUUUGAUAUCACUGGAAAGAGGAAGAAAUCCACCAUGAACGUUCGCACUGCGCUUUUGUACCGCAAGAAUCUCUCUACACUCAUCGAAGAGUCCGGUAUCGCACACCUUCCAGCACAUGUCCCUACUUAUCUGACGGCGGUGACGUCUCCUCCUAGAGAGCCUACGAGACUGAUUUGUUCGGUGUGUGGGUAUCAAGGGAGGUAUAAAUGCAGGAGGUGUGCGAUGCCUUAUUGCGACUUAAAUUGUGAAGGUGUGCACAACGAGACACGGUGCGAGAAAAGGGUCAUAUGAUGGCGCAAUACCAGAGGGCCGUUGCGACGACUGGGACUAUCACAACUCCUGGCCUGGUUUAUUCUUUCUGCGCUAUAACAGGUGCACAGUUCCCGGAUCGCUUGAUCGAACGGCAAUGGCGACGAUGGCAGCGCUUGGUUACGAAAGACGAUGGUCCACAUGCACCAUGUGGACUACAUGGCAGGCAAUGCUAGGCCAUGGCACUGCGAUUGCAGGAACGCUGCAACAUUGUUCACGACAGAUGGAUGAUCUACGCGCACUUUUAGUCCUCGAGACGAGAUCAGGCACGGUGUCUGGUACCUUAUUGCACCUUUCAGUAGGAAUUUAGAUAUGAUAUUUUCUGUAGAUUAGAUCAAAAUGGAGAGUAUUCAAGUCCAGGUUAUUGA